UGUACAUUUCAGGCCCCCAAAGCUGUAUACAUAUUGGUCCACCGUCAACCAUUACGCUUGCCAAAGGUAUAAAGCUACUGUGACGACCUCCUCUCCAGUUUCAAAAUGUCUUCAUACUACUCGGGUAGGUGAUCAGGUCAGCAUGGAAGCCAUUCCUCGCAAUAACCCAACUGUUCUCUUCUCCCUUUUCGUGUUCAGCGUGACUGCAUUACUCUUCCUUUGGAGACUCUUCUUCCAGUCGCGGGACCUGAGGCACAUUCCUGGUCCAUUGGGAGCCCGACUUACGAAUUUCUGGCUUGUCUCAAAAUACAGGCGGGGUAUACUCUUCAAAGACAUCGCUCUCGACCUCAACAAGAGAUAUGGCCCAGUUGUUCGAUACGGGCCUCGACGUGUCCUAUUCAGCGAUGCAUCCGCCAUCAACGUCAUUUUCAACACCAGGAAUACUCUUCCAAAGGCCGAAUCCUACGAAGUGAUGAACCAGAUCGUCAACGGCAAAGUCAUCAGCAGCUGGGCCACGACGCGCGACGAAGCUCACAUCUCGGCCAUGAAGAAGCAGGUGAUAUCCGCCUUCACCACGACCGCCAUUCUAGACUACGAACCGCACAUAGACCACAACAUCAACUUCCUCGUGGCCAAGCUCCAGAAGGACUCGAUGGACUCGCCCGAGGUCAAUAUUGCGAAGUUCAUCAUCUUCUUCGCCUUUGAUACCAUCUGCCGCAUCGCCUUCUCCGACGACCAGGGCUUCAUGGCAAAACAGGCUGAUCUGGGCAACACGCUCGAAGCCGCUCGCCUGCGCUUCCAACACUGGCACUUCUGGGGCCCCCUCCCGGCUCUCGAGCGACUCCUUUUCAAGAAUCGUUUCGUUGCACGCACGAGCUCCACGUCCCUACUCGGCAAACUCGCCAGCGAGCGUCUGCAAAGCCGGAUGGAAAAGGGAGGCCUGGGCACCGAAUCCGACCUCCUGGACCGCUACCUACAAGCUGCCCAGCGCGACCCCGCCACCUUUACCCCCUCCACGCUGAUCGGUAUUCUCAUCUCGACCAUCCACGCCGGCGCCGAAACGACGGCCUCGACGGUGAACGCUUGCCUGUAUAACCUACUCCGGAACCCCGACGCUCUAGCCAAACUCCGGGCCGAAUUGGACGCGGCGAACCUCUCCUCUCCUCCAUUAUGGUCCGAGGUCUCUCGCCUCCGUUACCUGGAAGCCUGCUUCAGAGAGUCGAUGCGCCUGGUCCCGCUGCUCAUCAACCCCAUCGAGCGCGACGUCCCUCCCUCGGGCGCCACCGUCGCGGGCACGUUCGUGCCCGGUGGCACCGUCGUGUCCCUCAACGUCCACGCCCUGAACCGCGACCCGGCCGUCUACGGCGAAGACGUUGACUCGUUCCGUCCCGAGCGCUGGCUGCUCGACGACGAGGGGGACGAGGGCGACGAGGCCCGGCGCGCGAGGAUGCAGCGAGCCGACAUGACCUUUUCCCAAGGCCGGAGGAGUUGCAUAGGCCAGCACAUUGCUUGGAUCGAGAUGAAGAAGGUCCUACCGGCCUUGUUGACCAAGUUCGAUAUCGAACUCGUACACCCUGAUGAACCCUUGUCGAUGCCCACCAAGCAAUUGGUGGUUCUCAUCGACAACCUACAUGUCAGACUGAGCCCCAGAAAGGUCGAGAGCUGAAAAAAAAAGGCGAAAAACCAAAAAUGUUGAUCAUGUUUCAACACAGCAUCUACCUACAUCAAGGAGAGAAUGACAAUCAACAAUGACAAUGACAAUGACAAUUUUUUACAUGGCACACGGUGACGGUCAAAUGUGUACAUGUACAUCUAUAUUCCUAAGUACGGGGUACUUCAUACGGACACUAGGUGUUUUUGAUACCAAAUAAGAAAAAAAGAGGGGUUUGGAAUGCCCGACGUUUAUUUUGAAUGGAGAUG